CGCGUCAUCACGCCGCUUGAAAUUUUGCGCGCGCAGCGGAGAGGCGGAAGCAGUCUGCGAGAAUAUAAGUUGUGAUGUCUAAGAGAAAGGAGUUUCUGAAGUCUGUCCAUCCGGACCGAGUGCAGGAUUUUCUGCAUUUCAUUGAACUACAUAAGGACGCGUCAGAGCCGCUGGAUGUGUGUGAGUUGGUUCAGGAGCUGCAGGUGAAGCAGCGUGUGGAGCUGUGGGGGAAAUUGUUGGUGUUAUUGAGACACACACUGCACUCGUACCCCUCAGAGCGCUGGCUCAGCCGCCUCGACCACGAGCCUGACGACGACGACAUGGAGGUGGAGCAGUCCACUGAGCUGAAACACACCAUGUUGGUGCUGGAAGCUGUGACGGUGGUGUGUACGGUGAGUGUGGACGUGAUUCAGACUGGAGAAGCUUACACCAAUCUGCUGGACUGUGCUCUCACGCUCAACAGUGUCGAGAGUUGUCUUCCCGUGUCUGAGGUUCCUCUCCAGAAGGCCAUCCAUUGGCUGUUUGAGUGCUGGUGGAGGCGGGGCUUAGAGGGGAAGGAGGAACUCGGCUGGACUGCGUUUGUCGCUUGUUUGGAGAACACAGUUACACUCAAAAAAACGCUGAGUGAGCUGAACCGUCUGUACUCCCUGCGUGAUGUUCUGCUCAGUGUGGAGUUUGAAUCUGAGAGGGGUCAGUGCAUCACUAACCCCCUGCUGCAGUGCUUCCUGUCCACCAGCUACAUCAAACGAGAGGAGGGGAAGCGUUUCCUGGCGUUCCUCUUCGAGUGGGACGUCCAUUUCAUCAAGAUGAUCCACGAGACCAUAAAGAACCAGCUGCAGUUUCUGGCCAAGCCCGUAGCUGAAGACGUGGGUGAGAUUUAUUUCCGGGCGUGGAAGAAGGCCAGCAGUCCGUUCCUGGAGGAGAUGGAGACGUCGUGUAUCCAGGACCUGAUGCAGCACGCCGUCCUACUGCACCAAACCUCACCUGUACUGCCCAAAGUGCGGCAGAUCCUGGCGUAUUUCCACAAGCAGAAGUUCCGUCAGGGUGUGGACGAGAUGCUGCACCGCCUCUACAUGCCCGUGCUGUGGAAAGCGCUGAAGGCGGCGAACGCGGAGGUGCGAGCGAACGCCACCCUGCUGUUCACCGAGGCGUUUCCCAUCCACGACCCCGGCAUGAACAGUGAGAGAGUGGAUGAGCUCGUGCAGAAACAACUCGAUACGCUCUUCACCCUGCUGGAGGAUGUGAACCCCUCAGUGCGCAGUGCAGCAGUGUUAGGAGCGUGUUCAGUCAUGUCUCGCUGUUGGGAGCUGCUGCCCUCCUCCAUCAUCACUGACCUGCUGAAGAAACUUCUGGAGCUCGCAUCAGAUACCAGCAGCCCUGACUGCCGCUGCGCCGUCUUCAUGUGCAUGUCGAUGAUCCUGGAUAACCCUCUGAGCCACCCCCUGAUGGAGAAGCUGCUCCCGGCGCUAAAGCUAAGUCUCCACGACACCUCGGAGAAAGUGCGAGUGGCCUUCGUUGACCUGCUGCUCAAGAUCAAAGCCGUUCGUGCAGCCAAGUUCUGGAAGGUGUGCUCCAUGGAGCACCUGCUGGUGCGUUUGGAGCGUGAGUCGGCGUGCGUGUCGAAGCGGAUCGUGAACCUGCUCUUCAGCUCGUUCUUGCCUGUAACACAGCCUGAGACCGUGUGGUGUGAGCGUUGCGUCUCCAUGAUCCAGAUGAACGCUGGAGCUGCGCGCAAGUUCUACCGCUAUGCCUACAUGUACACCGCGCCAACCAACAUAGUGAAACUGAUGCUGAUGAUCCGUAAAUGUUUAAACGCCUGCAUCCAGAAGACGGGAGAAAACCCAGACGAGUCCGUCUGCAGCAACAAGGAGAACAACUCGGUGCUGGAGGACGUGCUGUCUGUAAAGGACACGGCGGUCAUGGCGAGUCUGUUGGAGUUGGUGGUUAUCCUGUGGCAGAGCGUCCAGAAAUCUCUGCAGCUCAACCAGGAGGCUCUGCAGUACACCACGGCCAAGUUCGCCUCCGUCCUGCCCGAGUACCUGCGCGUCUUUCAGACUGAGAGACAGAAAGCUGCACUCAUCCGCUUGGCAUCUUUACUUCCGUCAUCCAUGGUCCCAGCUUUUCGAAGUAAAGUUUUAGCCCAGUUGAGGAGGCUGGACAGCGGCUCACCAGUGUCCCUCUACAGUCAGCUGAUCGAGUGUGUGUGUAGUUGGGGGCAGGUGAGCCAGGUGUUGGACCUGGCGGUGCAGUGGCUCAGCGAGGCCCCGCCCCUCAACACGGUGGAGACGAGCGGGAGUGGAUCCCAGAGGGUGCAGUUCAUAGAGACGGGGGUGGAGGCAAAACCAGAGUUGGGGCUGGAUUACAUGGAGUACAUGAUGCUGAGACGUCACACUCGGGACAACGUGUUGAGUCUGAGCGUGGAUCAGAUCACACCCCUGCUCACUGCCCUCGCUGCCUGGAAGGCUGUACUGUACUCCUCUCUGAGUGAGGGUGAGGUCAGCGAGACAGUCACCGAGACGGCGUUCCGAGCUUUUGGCUUACACAGUCGUCUCACCCUCCACCUUCAACACAUACACCCUGAGGGGCGGAACUUCCUGUCCACACUGGAGCAGUCCAUGGACUGGGUGGAGAAGAGGGUCCUCCCGUUCCUGGUUGCCCCUGGCGACAGUAUCUCGGAGCAGCAGCUGAGUCUGAGCAGGAGAAUAGUGGAGAUGUGUCUGCAUGUGUAUAGGGACACCAUACAGGUUGCUUUGGGAGACGGUGAUUUCAGUGACCACGUGCUACAGUUUUGCUCCUACGUGUUGCUGUCUGAGAAAGGCUAUCUGUGUGUCCCUGUCCUGCUGUCCUUGCUGACCGAGGUGGCUCAGGACAGCGUUUCCCAUGAUGCAGAGGGACAGGAGGAGCAGCUGUCCGUCACCCUGCGUAUCAUUGCCAACAUCUUCCAGAAAAUUCUGGAGGUCAUGGCGCACCGACUACGCAGAGACAAAGAGGAGGGUCAAGAGCUGUGCUGCUCCUCCGGGGACGCCCUGAACAACUUCCUGCAGGUGACUCAGUUGGUAUCUGAAAGGUCAGAAGUGACGACUGGGAUUUUCUCGUCUCUGUGCGCCGCCAUCAUCAUCGACAUCAGCAGAACUUUGCAGAAGAUUUCUAAUCCUGAACAUCUGACCACUCCGGAGAGCGUGAGGGACCUGCCUCCUCUCUCCAGCACCAUCAUGUCCGCCAUCCUCAAAUCAUCUGCAGUAACCAGGUGCUUCCUGUCUGAGAUGAGCUCCACGGUCGACUCGGAGGCCAUCGAUAGCGUCAGCGGGCUCGCGGCCAUCGCUCACGUCCUGGCAAUCGUGAGGAAAACGGAGAAGUUCAGCGCGGAUCUGAAAGGGAUCAGUGUUUCUGUGCACAGGCAGAUCCUGCAACACUACGGUGUCACACCACCUGAGUCGGCACACAGGCCGAUCUAUGAGACCGCGGUGGCCGCCCUGAACGACCUCCUGAUGCCCUGAUUCUAAAGGAACUUCAGAUGCCCUGAUGCUGAAGGACCUUCUGAUGCCCUGAUGCUGAAGGACCUUCUGAUGCCCUGAUGCUGAAGGACCUUCUGAUGCCCUGAUGCUGAAUUGUUGGCCUUCAGUUUUCUUUCUGUGCGUUUGUGUUUUUUUUGUUUGUUUUUUUUUUCUGCCAUAUCCUCACAUUUGUACAUUAUACAGCACUUAUACGACCAAAAGUAUCUGGACACCCACCAGCAACUGGCCGUGCCAAAAGUAUUCGGACGCACAGUGUGUUUUCCUUUUUUUUCUUUCCCUCAGCUCGUCCCAGGGACCCAGACCUGCCCCAGCAUGACGACGCAAAACCCUGUGCAUAUAUAUAUAUAUAUAUAUAUAUAUAUAAUGUAUAUGAGCUCCAUGAAGAUGCAUGGAUUGGAAAGGUGUGGAAGAUCUCUUGCUAUUGAGCUCUAAUGAUAUUGUUAUUAAUGUGAGCAGCACCAGGUCUCAUCUCACCUACACGAGUAUCUGACUUUAUUUUAACGCCCUUGUGGAACAUCUACACAGGAGAAUGGAGCUUAUUAUAAGAGCAAUGUGGAAUGAGAUGAUGACACAAAAUGGACAUACCAACCUUAUGGUGAGGUGUCCCCAAACUUUUGGCCGUAUAGUGUGUAUAUAGGAGGGGAGAAUUGAGAACAAUGAUGAUAUCUGCUCCAUUAUAGAUGCGUUUUGCUUCAAAAGAAAAAAUAAUAAAUAUAAUCGUGCUUUUAUAACGAGCGAGAUAAAGGCUGAUUUUUACA